AUCACAGCUCCCUAUCUCCACAUUGGAGCAAUAACCCUCAUGGUCCUCCUCUCCUGGCCCGUGGCUCUCCAUGCCAUCAGAGCAGAUAAGAAAGUUGUUCAGGGGAUAAUUGUUGGUCCAUACCUGGCUAUCCUUCUCUUUCUUUUCUUGAUACCUCUGGGGAUGUACUCUCCUUGCAUCAGAGAGAUGGGGACACUUGGACCAAAGCCAGCCCUCAUCGGACACCGCGGAGCACCAAUGCUGGCACCGGAAAACACUGAGAUGUCAUUUCAGAAGACAAUUGAGCAUGGUGGAGAUGGUCUUGAAACAGAUGUGACCAUUAGCUAUGACGGCGUUCCUUUCCUCAUGCAUGACAGCACCUUGAGGAGGACAACGAACAUCAAGGAGGUCUAUCCCAAUGACACUGCCCAAAACGCCGCGUUAUUCUCCUGGGAUACCCUGCAGGAGUUGAAUGCUGGAACGUGGUUCCUUAAGGACAAGCCAUUUUCAUGCAUGGGCUCACUGUCAAGGGCAGAUCAAAACCAGGCAAUGAAUCAGUCAGUUUACAAGCUAAGUAAUUUCUUGCGCCUCGCAGACAGUCAGAAUAAACUUGUGAUAUUUGAUCUCUACCGCCCUCCAGAGAACCAUCCUUACAGGAACUCAUGGAUCAACCGAACCCUGGAAGUCAUCCUCAACGAGUCGGGGAUUAGACCCCACCUGGUCCUAUGGCUGGAGAACGACAUGAGGUCCGUUGUUCAAUCUGUUGCUCCUGCCUUUCAGCAGACCAUGGGCAGCAAGGCCCCAGUUGAAGACCUAUUGAUGGACAAUAUUGUCAAACUCAACCUGCCCUACACUGAAAUGUCCAGUGAAGAUAUCCGGAAAUACGCUGAGGCAAACAUCACCACCAACCUCUACGUGGUCAGUGAGCCGUGGCUUUUCUCCUUGGCAUGGUGCUCUGGGGCACACUCCGUGACCACCAACGCCGUCCAGACGCUGAAGAAUCUCAGCCAGAAAAAAAAUCAUGGACCUAAGCUGAAACCUGGCUUACCUGGGAUCUCUGAGCCACUCCAGACUCCUCAGCAGUACAGCGUCAUGUGGAUCCUGACCGAUCUGGCCUCUGUGCUCCUCAUCGCACUCAUCUUUGCUCUGCACUGGUAA